AUGGCGGAGGCUUACCAAGAGUUGUUUCCACAAUCAGUUUGCCGUAAUAAUAGUAAUAAUCGACAUAAUCAACAUUCCGAUCAUUCACAGUUUAAUAGUGGAUUGAGACGUUCUGUUCCUAGUUGUGAUGGGAACUCGUUCAGUAUUAAUCGCCGGCAAAACUGCUCCUCACUAUAUCCAAAAGGAGGAGACACAGACGUGAUCCGUGAACCAGGAUUAAUUCUGGAAGUACAAAGAGAUUAUGGUCGUAUUAUUAGUCGGUCUAAUUUUACAAGGCCGUAUAUUCAUUUUUAUUUCUCGCUUUCAACCUUAGUAAAUGAUGUACCAUUGAACGCGAUUACUGAUAAUUUAGCAAAUAUUUUCCAAGUUGGUUUGGGGGUAGAAUUUGAAGUAGAAGGAAAUUCCAAUUUAAAGAGUCAUAGAGAUCGUGUUCACAUAAUACUGACCUGUACUUCCAUUAAACUAAGCACUAAAAUUGGUUCUGAACCACAGUUAUUACCAAUGGUAGUGAUACAAGAUGAUCGGAAGGUACCAGUUGCUUUGAUGGCAAAUCAUGAACUAGUUGCUCUGCCUCGUCAAGUAUUUCCUAUAGAAGAAGUAGUUUCAGCAUUUUUGGCUAAAAAAAGCGAUAUCACUGUAGAUAUUCACUGGCCGGAAUUUACGAAAAAAGGGCACUCUGUUGAAGGUCGGAUUUUAAAUGCACCUUCAUGGAUGUAUGGACUUACAAACCCAGCAGUUAAAAGAAUUGCGUUGAGUGUGCAAAGAUUUGGGCAAGAUCGAGAAGGAUUUGCUAUAAUUAAGGGGUAUGUUGGACAAGGUGUGGUGCUAGUUCCAAUAGAUGAGGAAGAUCUUAGAGUUUGCGGCGACCUGUUCUUCCCUCUUGAAAUGCGACCUUAUGUACCGCAUAUUGUGAGAAUCUGUGCUAUGCAGAAUAAAUACCAAUUAGGUACGAAGUGGUAUUUUCGUGCUUGUCCUGAAUUACCCAAUCGUCAACAUAAAUAUCGUGUAUAUAGUCUCUCCAGUUUAGAAGAUGAUAUCAGUAAAGAUAAUGUACCUAUAGAAGAACAUUUAUCUGAAAAAAAUGCUGCUCAGUUAAUUGAUGCAAGUGACACAUGUGACUUAAUUGACGUCUCAGAUAAUACAGCACAAAUAGUGCCCUCUACAAAGUCUAUAUUGAACAGCUCAAAUUGUCUAAUUGAUUUGGAUGAGAAACCUUUACGAGUUAAUAAUUUGCAUCGCACAGUACCCGAGCCAGAUCUGCAUUCAGUAAUUUCCUCGACUACUCUCGAUUUACUUAGUACUAUUAACUUUAAUUCAACCCCAUUAAAAAAUGGUACUGGUGAGUCAUCGCUGAUGCCAAAUCCCAGCAUCGAAGCUGGAAUAGAUAAUCGGUCAAAUCCUGAACUUCUGACUGCUUGUGACAAGACAACUGAUUCACUGGAAAUUAUUUCUAAAUUGGGGCGAUUUCAUGUAUUAGAUGAGAAUUCCUCUCUUUCGUCAUUCAAUUUUAAUUGUCAAGAGCAAAAUAAUGAAUAUAAGACAGAAGUUUGCGGAUGUAGUGACGAAGACGAUGAUAUGUACUUAGUUCAGCAAGAAACAAAUGUAAAAUCAGAAAAUGUUGAAUUUGAUGACGCUGUGAAUAAAAUCAGUGGGAAGAGGACGGCCACCAAUCAGGUGAAUGCAACUAGUAAAAAGCCUGUGAAUGAAGUAUUUGGUCCAAUUCCUGUAAAAAGACGAGAUGAUGACGACGAGUCAAGUUCGCAAGAUAAGAAUAGUGAGCAUUUUUUAUCAACCAACAGUUCAACGGAUAAUAGUGAUGCGUCAUUUACUGCGAACGAAGCUCAACCAUCCCUUUCAAAUUCGAUUCAGAAUGACUGUGUAAGUCUUAUUUGA